UGGCGGAAGGGCAGGUGCACCACCGGACCCACAGCCGUCACAACAACCGUUAUCAUCGCUGAGGGAGAAGCUACCGAGCCUGCAGAUAGGCCUUCUCAUACGCUUUCUGACAGAGGAAAACGCAGCCUUUAAUACCUUUGCUGCCGGAGAGUGUGGAGGGCCGUCGCCAUGACUCUGAACCAGAACCACUCGGAGUCCGGCGGAGUCAUCAUCAACAACAGUGAAAGUGUGUUGAUGAACUAUGAUAAUGUGGAGCUGGUUUUCUGUGACGCGGACAGUCUGCCUGAAGCCUUCAGAAAGAGUAAGAAGGGCAGCAUCUACCUGACCCCAUACAGGGUGAUCUUUCUGGCUAAAGGCCGUGAUGCACUGCAGUCCUUCAUGAUGCCCUUCUACCUGAUGAAGGGCUGUGAGGUCAAGCAGCCUGUACUGGGAGCCAACUACAUCAAGGGUACCGUCAACGCAGAGCCUGGAGGUGGCUGGGAGGGCAGUGCGACUUUCAAGCUUGUCUUUGCUGCUGGAGGAGCUAUAGAGUUUGGCCAGUACAUGCUGCAGGUUGCAGCUCAGGCAUCCAGAGGCCAGCCAGUGACUGCUGGGUUUGGUGGAUGUCCCUACAUGGCCAACGGAGCCUACGCUUACCCUCCUCCCCCAGCUAAUGGGAUGUACCCGUCUGGACCUCCACCUGGCUACUCCUACCCCAAUCCUCCUCCUCCAGGUGGGUUCUACCCCAGCCCUCCAGCGUUUGAUGCCUCUGCGGCCUACAUACCUCCCCCUCCAUACUCUGCUCCUUUGGGCCAGCAGCCACCGCAUGACCCGGACCUCCCCUCCUCAGCAGCAGCGGAGGCCAAAGCAGCUGAGGCAGCAGCGAGUGCCAGCUGUGCCACGCUGCCUCCGACACAUGUGUACCUGCCACAGGACAAGCCUCCUCCGUACUCCCCUCCAGAAGACAAGAAGAACCAGUAGACCUGCUUGAUCUCACCCUCAUUCCUCUCUCUCUCUCUCUCUCUCGUAUCCUCUAUCCUACUGUAUCACCUUGUUUCUCAUUCCAUAAACUGGGCAUCAAGAAGGCCAAAGUUUCCUAUUUUCUUUUAACAUCAUCCCCCCAUUCUCGUCUUCCCAUUCCCCUCCAACUCAUCCCUUUUGGUCUUACCUUACCUCAUUCCAUUGCUUUCUCUACCUAGCCUAAACCUUUUACAUUCCUUUUAAUAAUUCAAACAUUAUAAUCAGCUUCUUUCUCCUCAGAAGCACCUUUAACUUGAUGGAAAUUAGAAGUAUUAGUAGCAGUCUUUGAGAGAGACCAGAAUAAAUUUGUUCAGGCCAAAGAAGGGGUCAGGAUUUUGGAGCUUUUUUUCAGUGUAGUUGAGGAAAACUUUGUAACCUGACGAGCUAUUUUAGCAUUUAUUGCCUUGUAAAUGUCCCAAGAAUCAUACCGCCACCCUAAACUUUAGAUUCAGCUGUUCUGUGAAGCUCACUUUUAAUUUUCUAUGACUGUUUGUUAAACUAGACUCAGUCGUAGUGACAUUAGUUGCUUUGCUAACCUACCCAGAGGCGAGCUGAGCGCAGUCUUUUAUUUUUCUAUCAUUUGUGUGUACAGGCUUUUAAUAUGUAGACUUUUAAAAUGAGAUAUUUUCUCAAGAACAAUAACCUAGAGAAAAACUAGCUUUUGUAAACAGAGCAGCUCGCAGGGUGGUCUGGUCUGGUUUGACAUGUUUUCAGUGGAUGAGGGGACCACGGAGAUUAUAGCAGCGUCGAGUCACAGCGGCGAAUCCCUGAUCCUGGAUUAGAGCAGAGAGUGAGGGCGACCAGGACCUGGAGGGACGUACUGCCAGGAGGGAUUAUCUUUAUAAUGUGCAAGAGCAGAGCAGUCACCCAAUGAUGUCACUUCCUGGUUUGUCAUGCCUCUGAACAUUCAAGAAAACACAUGUUCAGACUCGCUGCCCGCCCGCCCGCUUCACCUUUCAUCCUUCAGACACACACCGUAAACAUUAUAACAGGACCAUUAGAGGAUUCAGUGUUUCUACUUUAUGUGGUUGUGAUCUUGACUCUCUAGUUUGAGGUCAGUGUUUCAAUCUGAUCUGAGCACCUCAGUAUCUGAGCAUCUAUUCUUCCUUCCUGUAUGGUCACUAAUCUAUAUACUGUAUCUGUGGCACAUCCGUGGCUGAUUCUUUGCACUUUGAGAAUGCUAUGCAUCGGGCUCCCGUUUGCUCUGUCAUGGCUGUGUGUAUAAUAAUAUAAUGAUAUUAAUAAUAAAGCUCUGUAUUUAUUUCAAACUAAUUUAUUGAAUAAUUCAUGUAAAAUGGCUCAAGUAAGCUAACAAAGCAUGAUCUCAACUAAUGCAUGUAUGCAUUGGAUUGGAUUUUAUUAAAUGGAUCUUGAUUCUUGUG